CGUGGAACAGAGUAGAUAAUAUAUAGUUUCAAAAUGCUGAAGUUUAUAUUGAUAUUUGUUACUUUGAACUUGAACGUAAUCGAUGGAGUCAGGUGGUCUUCCUUGAAAUUCUACCUCCCGGAUGAGGGGCACCCGACCGGAAAACUGUGCAAUGAUCACAGAAGAAGCUACUGUCUCUGGGGCUAUGAAAUUGAGUCCAAUGUCGGAGGCCAAGGUCACGAGAUGAUCCACCAUAGAAGGCCACACAUGUUCGACCACAGCCACUUCAUGCACCUCAUAAGCGACUCAGCAGACGGCAGAGAGCAGCUGUGGUCCAGAAUCAACUGGCUCUCCCUAGAUCCAGAACAUUGGG